CUGUCUGGCUAUGCCCACGACCUCCCCACACCACAACAACAACCACACAUAUUACAGCAAACAUGUCUGACUUUCCUCCUAAGCCCGUUGAUACCAUUGACUGGAGCAACGUGGGCUUCAAGAUUCGUGAAGGUGAGUUACAUUCUGUUAUACGUUCGUAUUGAAGUCAAGCAAGAGAAGAUGCAAAUGUACCCAUUGUGUCACAAGAGAAAGCGCCCGGAAACUGGCACUUGAACAACCACUCCUUCACGACUCUAGCAGGACACAGCUGCAAUUAGUAUCUAAUGUGUGCCAGUUGCCGGACAUGUCGAGUCACACUACUCGCUUGAGACUGGAAAAUGGACAGAGCCAACUUUUGUGGAGGACCCGUUCCUGCGAAUCCACGGCAUGGCACCCGCUCUGAACUACGGCAUGCAGUGCUAUGAAGGCAUGAAGGCCUUCCGCUCGCCAGACGACACCAUCAACAUCUUCAGGCCGAACAUGAACGCCGAGCGUAUGCAGCACUCAGCCUCCUACAUCUCGGUUCCCGAUGUGCCUACAGAUCACUACCUCAAGUGCUGCAGCUUGGCGGUAGGAAUGAACGCAGCAUAUGUACCUCCUCAUGAGACAGGCGCAGCCAUGUACAUCCGUCCCCUGCUAUUUGGUAGUUCGGCACAAUUGGGUCUCAACCCACCUCAAGAGUACACUUUUGUGGUUUACUGCAUUCCCACUGGAGUGUACCACGGAACCAACCCUGUCGAUGCUCUGAUCCUCGAGGACUUUGACCGUGCGGCACCCGAGGGAACUGGCUCGGCGAAGAUUGGUGGUAACUACGCUCCAGUGUUGCGACACAGUGAAAAGGCGUACAAGGCAGGGUACGGUAUCACUCUGCACUUGGACAGCAAGACUCGAAGUGUCGUUGACGAGUUCUCCACCUCGGCCUUCAUCGGUGUCAAGAAGGACGGCGACAAGGUUAAGCUCAUUGCAUCCGGCAGCAAAAAUGUCAUCAAGAGUGUCACUGGCGACAGUGUGCUCAAGAUCGCUGAGUCGUUCGGCUGGGAGACAGAAUCACGAGAGAUCCCAUACGACGAGAUCAAAGAGUUCGACGAGGUCCUUGCCGCAGGAACCGCGGCAGCUUUGGUGCCUAUCAAGUCGAUCACUAUGAACUCGAAGAGCGACAAGAUCACCUUCCCCGCGGCAGAGAAGGAGCCUGGCCCGGUCUGCGUCAAGCUACUCACCACUCUGCGAGGUCUUCAGCAGGGCAAGAUUGAGGACAAGCAGGGCUGGCUGUACAAGGUCGAGAGGCCAGCACAGUUUGGCAAGACUGAUGUGAAUGGUGGCGCUAAGACGGUUGGCCAACUGCCUUGAUAGGUUUCGAUGACGAAGCAAACGA